AUGGAGGAAAGCAAAGUAUCGAAAAGCUUCCCAGUAAAACCAAAUCUCAAAACCAAACCACGAACUCCAAAGCAAACCUCCGAAUCCAAAUACUGGUCCUCCUUCAAAACCCAACAAAUCCCUAAACUCCUCUCCGUCCCUUCCAUCACCUUCUCACCAACUCCUCCUCAUUCCUUCGCUGCCGCUAAUUCCACCUCUCUCUCCAUCUUCAGCUCCCAAACCCUCACCCAAACCGCCAAUUUCUCCUCCUUCCACGACGUCGUCUCGUCCGCCUCUUUCCGUAACGAUGCUUACCUCAUCGCCGCGUCUGACCUCUCCGGUCUUGUUCAGGUCUUCGAUGUCCAGACGCGUAUUUGUCUCCGUCGUCUUCGGUCCCAUAAUCGGCCUGUCAGAUUUGUUCAUUAUCCUCAUCAUGACAAGCUUCAUCUUGUUUCCGGUGGCGAUGACGCGCUUGUCAAGUAUUGGGAUGUUGCUGAGGAGACUAUGAUUCAUCAGUUUUACGGGCAUAAGGAUUAUGUCAGAUGCGGUGAUUCGUCUCCGGUUAAUUCUGAUACUUUUGUUACUGGCUCUUAUGAUCAUUUAGUCAAGCUUUGGGAUGUUAGGGUUAAGGAUUCGUCCAAAUCUGCAAUGGAUUUUAACCAUGGCUCUCCUGUGGAGGAUGUUGUUUUCUUGCCUUCCGGAGGAAUGAUUGCGACGGCUGGUGGGAAUUCUGUUAAGCUUUGGGACUUGAUUGGUGGUGGGAAGUUACUCUAUUCCAUGGAGAGUCAUAACAAGACUGUGACUUCCAUUUGUGUUGGUCGAAUCGGGAAGGAUUCAGGAGAUGAAUCCGAUCAGUAUAGGAUAAUGAGUGUCGGGUUGGAUGGUUAUUUUAAGGUGUUCGAUUACGGUUCUAUGAAGGUUACUUAUUCGAUGAGGUUUCCUGCGCCGCUCAUGUCUGUUGGGUAUUCACCGGAUUGUUCUACUAGGGUGAUCGGGACUUCGAAUGGAAUAAUUUAUGCUGCCAAGAGGAAGAUAAACAAGAGUGAGAUUGCAGAGAGUGAGGGUAGUGAGGGUAGUGCGUUUUGGAGAAUUAUGCCUGUGGAGAGUAAUGAAAAGAAGGUUUUGAAGAGUAAUUACUAUAGGUAUUUUCAAAGAGGGCAAGGAGAGAAACCGUCGGAGGGUGAUUACUUGGUUAUGAAGCCGAAGAAAGUGAAGUUGACAACACAUGAUAAGCUUUUGAACAAGUUUAGGCACGGGGAGGCUCUAGUUUGUGUGUUGGAAGGUAAGAAUCCGGGCUAUGUGGUUGCUGUGAUGGAGGAAUUGGUGUCUAGGAAGAAACUGUUGAGGUGUGUUUCUGAUUUGGAUUUGGAGAAGCUCGAACUGCUUUUGGCUUUCUUGCAUAAGUAUUGUACUGUCCCCAAGUAUUCUAGUUUGUUAAUGGGAUUGGCUAAUAAGGUUGUUGAAAUGAGGGCUGAUGAUAUUAGGGCUUCUGAAGUUCUCAAGAAACAUAUUAGAAAUCUCAAGAGCACUGUCGAGGCGGAGAUACGGAUUCAACAGUCUUUGCAAGAGAUACAAGGGAUUAUUUCUCCUUUGUUGAGGAUUGCUGGAAGAAGAUGA